AGUUUAUUCUGAUCAUCGACAGAAGCAAAUCCUAGUCCCUGUUCAGACUUUUUUUUAUCAUUUCUGUCAUCAACGCAGAGAAAAAGUUAAUAAGUUUAGAGUAAAAAGCAAAUAAAAAAUGGGCGAUUCGUUGGACGGGACGGGCGAGCCCACGCCAGAAUCGCAAAAUAUUGUGAUUGUCGAUUCCUCGUCGUUUGCGAAUUUCCUCCGUAAAAUUGUAUCCAUCCUCGCCCCCGACGAGGACGGGGUACCCUCUGCCUUCGUCGCAGCACUCGACGACAAGAAUCAUCAAGAGUAUAUUCGCAAAUUUAUCGGGGAUUCGCAAGUAUGGGCGUUGUACAUCCAGCGUAGUUCGACGAAAGAGGAAGACAAUGGCGAAGGGGACGAGGAGAGAGACACGAUGUACCACAUCUCUAAUGAGAUCUACUUCACAAAUCCAAAAAUGGCCUCCCUAGUACUGACAAAGCGAGGUGGUGUGAUUGAGGCAGACAAAUCCAUCUUCUCUCAAGUGAGAAUAGUCAACUUCUCAGACGGUCCUCCCUACGAGACCCUCCACGCGAUCAGCAAGACAAUGGCCCCCUUCUUCAAGAGUUACGUGAAAGAGACAGGCAGAGCUGACAGAGACGGUGACAAGAUGGCUCCCUCUGUCGAGAAGAAGAUCGCCGAGUUGGAGAUGGGACUCCUCCACCUUCAACAGAACAUCGACAUUCCCGAGAUAUCCCUGCCAGUUCAUCCCCUGGUGAUGCAGGUUAUCAAACAAUGCGCCGAAGAGAACAGAAAGCCCAAGGUUGCUGAUUUCGGUGACAAGGUCGAGGACUCGACGUUCCUCAACCAACUGCAGAACGGAGUCAAUAGGUGGAUCAAGGAGAUCCAGAAGGUAACGAAACUGAACCGAGAUCCUGAGUCUGGAACAGCUUUGCAGGAGAUAUCUUUCUGGCUGAAUUUGGAGAGAGCUCUCCACCGCAUCCAGGAGAAACGAGAGAGUACCGAGGUCACCCUGACUCUGGACAUCCUGAAGCACGGCAAGAGAUUCCACGCGACAGUCUCCUUCGACACUGACACUGGCUUGAAACAAGCCUUGGCGACAGUCAACAACUACAAUCCCCUGAUGAAAGACUUCCCGAUAAACGAUCUCCUGUCAGCGACUGAACUCGAGAGGAUCAGAGCUGCUGUCCAGCAGAUCUUCAUGCACAUGAGGAAGAUCAGAAGCACAAAGUACCCGAUUCAGCGUGUCUUGAGACUGGUUGAAGCAAUCUCGAGGGACCUCAGCCAACAGCUACUGAAGGUCCUGGGAACCAGGCGACUCAUGCACAUUCCUUUUGACGAAUUUGAGAAAGUCAUGGCACAGUGCUUCGAGGUGUUCAUCACGUGGGAUGAUGAGUACGACAAACUCACAGGUUUACUCAGGGAUUUCGUCAAGAAGAAAAGGGACGAGCACAUGAAGAUGGUCUGGAGAGUCUCCCCAGCUCACAAGAAACUGCAGACGCGAAUGGAGCAGAUGAGGAGAUUCAGGAGACAGCACGAGCAGUUGAGAACUGUCAUUGUUCGUGUGCUCAGGCCCACUGUUCGCCAGAACAGCAACAAUACAGCCAUUGAGAAUCCAGACAAUGAUAACGUCAAAGUGGAGUUCGCUCUGGAUGCUGCUGAUGCUAAUGCUAUCAGCGAGGUCAACCUCGCUUACGAAAAUGUCAAGGAGGUAGACUGUCUAGACAUCACGAAGGAGGGAUUGGAGUCCUGGGAGGCUGCUGUUCACAGGUACGAGGAGAGAAUCGAGAGGGUCGAGGCGAGAAUAACAGCCCACUUGAGAGACCAGUUGGGUACAGCCAAGAACGCCAACGAGAUGUUCAGGAUCUUCUCGAGGUUCAAUGCCCUCUUCGUAAGGCCCCACAUUCGUGGAGCCAUUCGGGAGUACCAGACACAACUUAUCCAACGAGUGAAGGACGAUAUCGAGGCACUCCAUGAGAAAUUCAAGGUUCAGUAUCCCCAGAGCAAAUGCUGCAAGAUGAGUAUGGUGAGGGACAUUCCACCAGUCUCAGGGUCCAUCAUCUGGGUCAAACAAAUUGACUACCAAUUGACGAUGUAUCUGAAGAGAGUGGAGGAUGUUCUGGGUAAGGGCUGGGAGAAUCACAUCGAGGGACAGAAACUCAAGGCAGAUGGGGACAGCUUCAGGAUGAAGCUCUCCACUCAGGAGAUCUUCGAUGAUUGGGCUCGCAAAGUUCAGCAGAGGAAUAUUGGUGUUACUGGGAGAAUAUUUACCAUUGAGAGUGUCAGGUCGAGGUCUGGGAGGGGUAACGUUCUCAAGUUAAAGGUGAAUUUUCUGCCUGAGAUCAUCACUCUAUCGAAGGAAGUGAGGAACCUGAAGAAUCUUGGAUUCAGGGUACCACUGGCCAUUGUCAAUAAAGCUCAUCAGGCCAAUCAGCUGUAUCCAUUUGCCAUUAGUCUGAUUGAAAGCAUCAGGACUUAUGAGAGAACUCUUGAGAAGCUUACCAAUCGGAGUCCCCACUGUCCCGCGUUGAAGAUUGAGGAUAAAGCAAGCAUCAUUCCUCUGGUGGCUGGCAUGAGGAAGGACGUGCUUACUCUAUUUUCCGAGGGCAUAGCUCUUGUCUGGGAAUCUUACAAGCUCGAUCCCUACGUGCAACGUCUCUCGGAGAUAGUUGUCCAGUUCCAGGAGAAGGUCGACGAUCUCCUCGUCGUCGAGGAACAACUGGACGUGGACGUACGUUCCCUGGAGACAUGCCCCUACUCGGCCAAUACCUUCGCAGACAUCCUCUCGAAAAUUCAGAAGUCAGUGGACGAAUUGUCCCUGAAGAAUUACUCCAACCUCCACAUCUGGGUGGCUCGUCUCGACGAGGAGGUGGAGAAGAAUCUCGCAGCUCGCUUGGAAGCAGGAGUGAAAGCUUGGACUGACGCCCUCAUGGGACACAAGAAGGAGGUAGACUUGAGCAUGGAUACAGACGCUCCAGCAAAGCCCACGCACAAGCCAGGGGGUGACCCGAAAAUCCAGAACCAAAUCCACGAGGUCAGAAUCACCAAUCAAACGAUGUACCUCUAUCCCAGCAUUGAGGACGCCAGAUUCCAGAUAAUGCAGCAGUUGUUCGCCUGGCAGGCUAUUGUCACCUCCCAGGUAAGACUACAGAGCUCGAGGUAUCAGGUGGGUCUCGAUAAACCGGAGUCCGGGACCUACAGGAAUCUCCUGACGAAAUUACCUGGCGGUAAGAUCCCUCUGGAGGCCGCCUACGAGGCUGUAGAAUCGAAGAUGAAGGAUAUCGCUGACUACGUCGAUCAGUGGCUGAGAUAUCAGGCCCUCUGGGACCUCCAGCCGGAUAAUCUCUACGGAAAACUCGGUGAGGACAUUAAUCUAUGGAUGAAGUGUCUCAAUGACAUCAAGAAAACACGCACGACCUUCGACACUUCCGAUACUAGACGAGAAUUUGGCCCUGUGAUAAUUGACUUUGCCAAAGUACAGAGUAAAGUAUCACUGAAGUACGAUUCUUGGCACAAAGAGACACUGGGGAAAUUCGGGGCCCUUCUCGGUAACGAGAUGGUUGGAUUUCAUGGGCAAGUGUCCAAGUCUAGGAGUGAUCUGGAGCAGCAGUCGAUUGAGGCUGCUAGCACCACUGAUGCUGUUGGCUUCAUCACGUACGUCCAGUCCCUGAAGAGGAAAAUGAAGGUGUGGGAAAAGCAGGUGGACGUGUACAGAGAGGGUCAGAGGAUCUUGGAGCGUCAGAGGUUCCAGUUCCCCACUAGCUGGCUACACGUGGAUAAUAUCGAGGGCGAGUGGGGGGCAUUCAACGAGAUCAUCAAACGAAAGGACAUGAGCAUCCAGACGCAGGUGGCCUCCCUCCAAAUGAAAAUCGUUGCUGAGGACAAGGCCGUUGAGACUAGGACAACGGACUUCCUGAAUGAUUGGGAGCGAGGAAAACCGGUGGAGGGGCAUCUUCGUCCCGACGACGCCCUCCAGCAGCUCCAACUCUUUGAGAGUAAAUUCGCGAGGCUCAAGGAGGAGCGUGACAACGUGGCUAAAGCUAAAGAGGCUCUCGAACUGCAGGAGCCUGGCGGUGUGUCCACCAGUGAGGAUAGGAUGUUGGUGGUCUUCGAGGAGCUGCAGGACCUGCGCGGCGUUUGGUCUGAAUUGUCCAGGAUCUGGGCGCAGAUCGACGAGACGCGAGAGAAGCCCUGGUUGUCAGUGCAGCCGAGAAAACUCCGCCAGCAGCUGGAUACCAUGAUGGCUCAGUUAAAGGAACUCCCAGCGAGACUGCGACAGUACUCAUCGUACGAAUACGUCAAGAAGAUGCUGCAGAAUUACACAAAAGUGAACAUGUUGAUAGUAGAACUGAAGUCUGAUGCCCUGAAGGAACGUCACUGGAAGCAGCUGACAAAGCAGUUGCGUGUCAACUGGAUCCUGAGUGAGUUGACACUGGGACAAGUGUGGGAUGUGAAUCUGCAGAAGAACGAGAGCAUUGUGAAAGAUAUUAUCCUUGUCGCUCAGGGAGAGAUGGCCCUUGAAGAAUUCCUUAAGCAGGUCAGAGAGUCCUGGCAGACGUACGAAUUGGACUUGAUAAAUUAUCAGAGCAAAUGCAGGUUGAUCAGAGGCUGGGACGAUCUCUUCAACAAGGUGAAGGAGCACAUCAACUCGGUUGCAGCCAUGAAACUCUCACCGUACUACAAGGUUUUCGAGGAGGAGGCUCUCACGUGGGAGGAGAAGCUUAACAGGAUCAACGCUUUAUUCGACGUGUGGAUAGACGUGCAACGUCGCUGGGUUUAUCUUGAGGGAAUCUUCUCAGGAAGUGCUGAUAUUAAGACUCUUCUGCCGGUUGAGACAUCGAGAUUUCAGAGCAUCAGCUCUGAGUUUUUGGGGCUCAUGAAGAAGGUCUCCAAGUCUCCGAUGGUGAUGGAUGUGCUGAAUAUUCCAGGAGUGCAGAGGGCACUGGAGCGUCUGGCUGAUCUUCUUGGGAAGAUCCAGAAGGCUCUUGGAGAGUAUCUCGAGAGGGAGAGAACUUCUUUCCCUCGUUUCUACUUUGUCGGUGACGAGGAUCUCCUCGAAAUCAUCGGUAACAGCAAGAACGUCGCUAGGCUCCAGAAACACUUCAAGAAGAUGUUCGCUGGUGUGGCAGCCAUUAUCCUUAACGAGGAGAACAACGUUAUCCUGGGUAUUGCCUCCAGGGAAGGAGAGGAGGUCUACUUCCAAAAUCCAGUAUCAACGGUAGAUCAUCCCAAGAUCAACGAGUGGCUGAGCCUCGUCGAAAGGGAGAUGCGAGUGACACUGGCAUCCAGUCUGGCUAAAGCUGUCCAGGAUAUCAAGCAGUUCAAGGACGGAAACAUCAAUGCUCACGCCUUCAUGUCCUGGUGUGACAACUACCAAGCACAGAUAAUCGUUCUCGCUGCCCAAAUUCUCUGGUCUGAGGAUGUUGAGGCUGCCCUUCAUGAAGCCCAGACUGAUCCCAGCAAGAACCCCCUCGAGAGGGUACUACUCCAGGUAGAGGGCACUCUCAAUGUCCUCGCUGACUCCGUUCUCCAGGAGCAGCCCGCUCUUCGCCGAAAGAAACUCGAACAUUUGAUCAAUGAAUUUGUCCACAAGAGAACAGUCACCCGGAGACUGAUCUCCAACAAAGUGAACAAUCCUAAAGCCUUCGAGUGGCUCUGUGAAAUGAGAUUCUAUUUUGACCCACGUCAGACUGAGGUCCUCCAGCAGCUGACCAUUCACAUGGCCAAUGCCAAGUUCUUCUAUGGAUUUGAGUAUCUCGGGGUACAGGAUCGAUUGGUCCAGACUCCACUCACUGAUCGCUGCUAUCUCACCAUGACUCAGGCACUUGAGGCCAGGCUGGGAGGGUCUCCAUUCGGACCUGCUGGCACUGGCAAGACUGAGUCUGUUAAGGCACUGGGCCACCAACUGGGGAGAUUCGUCCUGGUAUUCAACUGUGACGAGACCUUUGACUUCCAGGCGAUGGGAAGAAUUUUCGUGGGACUCUGUCAGGUGGGCGCUUGGGGAUGUUUCGACGAGUUCAAUCGACUUGAGGAGCGGAUGCUCUCUGCUGUCUCACAACAGGUACAGACCAUCCAGGAGGCUCUCAAGAGCCAGAUGGAGGGGAAGAAGGAGGGAACACUCUGUGUGGAGCUCGUUGGCAAACAGGUGAAGGUCUCCACAGAUAUGGCCAUCUUCAUUACCAUGAAUCCUGGCUAUGCUGGACGCUCGAAUCUUCCUGAUAAUUUGAAGAAGUUGUUCAGGUCACUGGCUAUGACCACUCCGGACAGACAACUCAUCGCUGAGGUGAUGUUGUUCAGUCAAGGGUUCAGAUCUGCGGAGAAACUUGCAUGCAAGAUUGUCCCUUUCUUCAAACUCUGCGACGAACAGCUGUCCAAUCAGUCACAUUACGAUUUUGGUCUGAGGGCUUUGAAGUCAGUUCUCAUAUCUGCGGGCAAUGUUAAGAGGGACAGGAUUCAGAGGAUCAAGGAAGGCAUGCAGGGACGAGGAGAGACCAAUAUCGACGAGGCGUCCAUUGCUGAGAAUCUCCCAGAACAGGAGAUUCUUAUUCAGUCUGUCUGCGAGACUAUGGUGCCAAAACUUGUCGCUGAGGAUAUUCCAUUACUCUUCAGCUUGCUGAAUGACGUUUUCCCGAAUGUUAAUUACACGAGGGCAGAGAUGAAAGGUCUGAAGGAUCAAAUCCGAAAAGUCUGUGCCGAGGAGUACCUCGUUUGUGGCGAGGGCGAUGAACAAGGAGGUGCUUGGCAGGAGAAGGAAUUGGUCGGUGAGACGUGGGUAGAAAAGGUCCUCCAACUCUACCAAAUCUGCAACCUGAAUCACGGUCUGAUGAUGGUGGGCCCCAGCGGCUCAGGUAAAUCGACGGCCUGGCGAGUCCUCCUGAAAGCCCUGGAGAGGUUCGAAGGUGUCGAGGGUGUUGCCCACGUGAUAGACCCCAAGGCCAUCAGCAAAGAGACGCUCUACGGCGUCUUGGACCCCAACACGAGAGAAUGGACGGACGGACUAUUCACCCACAUCCUCAGGAAGAUAAUUGACAACGUUCGUGGCGAGAUAAACAAGCGCCAAUGGAUUAUCUUCGACGGUGACGUAGACCCCGAGUGGGUGGAGAACCUCAACUCAGUCCUGGAUGACAACAAGCUCCUGACUCUGCCCAAUGGCGAGCGCUUAAGUCUCCCCCCGAACGUUCGAGUGAUGUUCGAGGUUCAAGACCUGAAGUACGCCACCCUGGCGACAGUCUCACGAUGUGGAAUGGUCUGGUUCUCAGAGGAUGUCCUCUCCACCGAAAUGAUCUUUGAGAAUUACUUGAUGAGACUGAAGCACAUUCCACUGGAGGACGGUGAGGACGACAACCUAGGAAAGAAAACCGACAAAGAGGACAUGGUAUCCCCAGCUCUGUCAGUCCAGCGUGAAGUUGCCAGCAUAUUCCAGAGCUACUUUGCCCCUGACGGUCUCGUCGUCAGGUGCUUGGAGUACGCUAUGAAGCAGGAACACAUAAUGGAUUUCACAAGACUUCGUGCCCUGAGCUCUCUCUUCUCAAUGCUCAAUCAAGCGGUUCGCAAUGUCCUCCAGUACAAUCACUCUCACACGGACUUUCCUCUGCCGAGUGAACAACUGGAGCGCUACAUGCCCAAGUGCCUGAUCUACGCCCUGCUCUGGAGCUUUGCUGGAGAUGCCAAGCUGAAGGUCAGGUCUGAUCUGGGAGAUUUUGUCAGGUCGAUAACAACCGUCCCGCUUCCAGCCCAGUCCAACAUUGCGAUCAUCGAUUUCGAGGUGAACAUUCACGGAGAGUGGCUGCCCUGGAGCAACAAGGUGCCCCAGAUCGAGGUGGAGACGCACAAGGUUGCAAGCCCAGAUAUAGUCGUACCAACGUUGGAUACAGUGAGACACGAGAGUUUGCUAUACACCUGGCUGGCUGAGCACAAACCCCUGGUGCUCUGUGGUCCCCCAGGUUCUGGAAAAACGAUGACACUGUUCUCAGCACUGAGAGCCCUUCCUGACAUGGAGGUGGUCGGUCUCAAUUUCUCGUCAGCGACAACCCCGGAGCUACUCCUCAAGACUUUCGAUCACUAUUGCGAAUACCGGAAGACCCCGAAUGGAGUUGUGCUAUCACCAGUCCAGCUCGGCAAGUGGUUGGUGCUCUUCUGCGACGAGAUUAACCUCCCAGACAUGGAUCACUACGGCACUCAGAGGGUGAUAUCCUUCCUGAGGCAGUUGGUGGAGCACAGGGGAUUCUACAGAACGAGCGACCAGGCCUGGGUGUCCCUGGAGAGGAUCCAGUUUGUAGGGGCUUGCAAUCCUCCCACUGAUCCUGGAAGGAAGCCUCUGAGCCACAGGUUCCUAAGGCACGUGCCUGUAAUUUACGUGGAUUAUCCUGGGGAGACGUCGCUCAAGCAGAUCUAUGGAACUUUCACGAGGGCCAUGCUGCGACUGACACCCUCGUUGAAGGGCUAUGCUGAGCCCCUGACAAAUGCAAUGGUCGAGUUCUAUCUCGCGUCGCAGGAGAGGUUUACCCAGGACAUGCAGCCACACUACGUUUAUUCCCCUCGUGAGAUGACGAGAUGGGUGAGGGGCAUUUGCGAGGCAAUCAGACCUCUUGACAGUCUAUCAGUGGAGGGACUUGUUCGACUCUGGGCUCACGAGGCCCUCAGGCUCUUCCAGGAUCGUCUGGUGGAGGAUUCUGAGCGCGCCUGGACGAACAAAAAUAUCGACAUCGUCGCUCUCAAACACUUCAUGGGGGUCGACAAGGAGAGGGCCCUCGCUAGGCCCAUUCUGUACAGCAACUGGCUGUCCAAGGACUACGUCCCUGUCAACAGGGAUGAGCUAAGGGAGUAUGUCAGAGCCAGGCUGAAGGUCUUCUACGAGGAGGAGCUCGAUGUGCCUCUGGUGCUGUUCGACGAAGUCCUCGAACAUGUGCUGCGUAUUGACAGGAUAUUCAGGCAGCCUCAGGGACAUCUACUGCUCAUUGGAGUGUCUGGAGCUGGAAAAACCACACUAUCGAGGUUUGUCGCCUGGAUGAAUGGACUCUCUAUCUUCCAGAUCAAGGUGCACAACAAAUACACUGGAGAGGACUUCGAUGAGGACCUCAGGCAGGUGUUGAGAAGGUCUGGAUGCAAGGACGAGAAAAUAGCGUUCAUUCUGGAUGAGUCUAAUGUCUUGGAUUCCGGGUUCCUCGAGAGGAUGAAUACACUUCUGGCCAAUGGGGAGGUACCUGGACUCUUCGAGGGCGAUGAGUACACGACACUCAUGACUCAGUGCAAGGAGGGCGCCCAGAGAGAGGGACUCAUGCUCGAUUCCAAUGAGGAACUGUACAAGUGGUUCACUGGACAGGUCAUGAAGAAUCUUCAUGUUGUCUUCACUAUGAAUCCAAGCACUGACGGACUCAAGGAUCGCGCCGCUACUUCACCAGCUCUGUUCAAUAGGUGUGUUCUCAAUUGGUUUGGGGACUGGUCUGAUAAUGCCCUCUUUCAAGUUGGAAAGGAAUUCACCAAUCGAGUUGAUCUGGAGAGACCCACAUGGAAGUGCCCUGACUUCUUCCCUUCUGUCUGCUCGCUCAUUCCUGCACAAGCUGCUCACAGGGAUGCUGUUAUCAAUGCCUGUGUCUACGUUCAUCAGACACUGCACAAAGCCAAUGCCAGGCUGGCCAAGAGGGGCAGCAGGACGAUGGCUAUUACCCCCAGACAUUAUCUCGAUUUUAUCAAUCAUUUCGUCAAGCUCUAUCAAGAGAAGAGGAGCGAUCUCGAGGAGCAGCAGUUGCAUCUUAAUGUUGGGUUGAGCAAAAUUGCAGAGACUGUCGAGCAGGUUGAGGAGAUGCAGAAAAGUUUGGCGGUGAAAUCUCAGGAACUUCAAGCGAAAAACGAAGCCGCCAAUGCGAAGCUUCGUCAGAUGGUGAAGGACCAGCAAGAAGCGGAGAAGAAGAAAGUCCAGAGCCAGGAGAUCCAGCAGCAGCUAGCCAUCCAGACAGUAGCUAUCGACCAGAAAAGAGAGUCUGUAAUGGCUGACCUGGCGCAGGUAGAGCCCGCAGUGAUUGAUGCCCAAACAGCGGUGAAAUCAAUAAAGAAACAGCACUUGGUCGAAGUACGUUCCAUGGCAAAUCCACCUGCAAUCGUCAAAGUUGCAUUGGAAUCAAUCUGCCUUUUACUUGGUGAAAAUGCUAGUGACUGGAAGUCAAUUCGCGCUGUCAUCAUGAGGGACAAUUUUAUCAAUACCAUUGUCUCUAAUUUCAGUACUGAGGACAUAACCGAUGAAGUUCGUGAAAAAAUGAAGAGUCGCUAUCUCAGCAACCCUGACUAUAAUUUCGAGAAAGUCAAUCGUGCCAGUAUGGCCUGUGGACCCAUGGUGAAAUGGGCAACUGCUCAGGUGGAGUACGCAGACAUGUUGAAACGCGUGGAACCCCUCCGCGAGGAGUUGUAUUCCCUGGAACGUCAGGCUGAGACAAACAAAGAGAAAGGCGAGGAGGUGAAGCACCUGAUAGCCCAGCUGGAGUUGAGCAUAGCCUCCUACAAAGAGGAGUACGCCCAACUGAUCUCCCAAGCACAGGCCAUCAAGACGGACCUCGAGAAUGUCCAGGGUAAGGUGGACCGAUCGAUUGCCCUGAUAAAAUCCCUGGUGAUCGAGCGUGAGAGAUGGGAGGCAACAAGCGAGACCUUCAGAAGCCAGAUGUCUACCAUAAUUGGUGACGUCCUGUUGUCAUCAGCCUUCCUGGCCUACGCUGGCUACUUUGACCAACACUAUCGGCAGAACCUCUUCACAACGUGGUGCCAACACCUCCAACACGCAAACCUCCAGUUCCGUCCUGACAUUGCGAGAACGGAAUAUCUGUCGAAUCCUGACGAGCGUCUGCGCUGGCAGGCCAAUGCCCUGCCAACAGACGACCUGUGCACCGAGAACGCGAUAAUGUUGAAACGAUUCAACAGGUAUCCGUUGAUAAUUGAUCCAUCAGGACAGGCCACCGAGUUCAUUAUGAAUGAAUUUAAAGACCGAAAGAUCACAAAGACGAGUUUCUUGGACGACUCCUUCAGGAAGAACCUGGAGAGUGCUCUGAGGUUCGGCAAUCCCCUGCUCGUUCAGGAUGUUGAGAACUACGAUCCCAUCCUGAACCCAGUUCUGAACAGGGAGCUGAGAAGAACUGGUGGCAGAGUGUUGAUAACUCUGGGUGAUCAGGACAUUGAUCUGUCGCCUUCGUUCGUGAUAUUCCUGUCCACUCGAGACCCAACAGUAGAGUUCCCCCCUGACAUUUGUUCACGUGUCACUUUCGUGAACUUCACUGUCACCAGGAGCUCCCUGCAGAGCCAGUGUCUGAAUCAAGUCCUGAAGGCUGAGCGUCCUGACAUUGACGAGAAGAGAUCGGAUUUAUUGAAAUUGCAAGGGGAAUUCCAUCUUCGUCUGAGACAGCUCGAAAAAUCACUGCUGCAGGCCCUGAACGAUGCCAAGGGGAAGAUCUUGGACGAUGACUCGGUGAUAACGACACUGGAGACACUGAAACAAGAGGCUGCAGACAUCAGCAAGAAGGUGGAAGAGACUGAUAAAGUAAUCGCUGAGAUUGAGACUGUUUCACAGCAGUACAUGCCACUGUCCCAGGCAUGCUCCAACAUGUACUUCACCAUGGAUUCGCUCAAUCAGAUCCACUUCCUGUACCAAUACUCGUUGAAGAUGUUCUUAGACAUUUUCACUUCGGUUCUCUCACAGAAUCCAAAAUUGUCUGGAAUAUCUGAUUACACCCAAAGGCUGUCACUCAUCACGAGUGAUUUGUUCUCAGUUUGCUACGAGAGAGUGGCAAGAGGAAUGCUCCAUGCUGACAGGCUGACAUUCGCUCUUCUCCUCUGCAGAAUCCACUUGAAGGGGAUCUCCGCAGAGUCCACUUACGAUCAAGAAUUCACAUUCUUCUUGCGAGGGAAAGAGGGAGUCCUCAAUGUGAGGGGACCCAUGAUUCAAUGUCUAAGUUCUGAACAGCAGGAGGCGAUGCUGAGACUGAGCAUAAGACUGCCAGCCUUCAAGAAGUUAGCCCAGAACAUCCAGGACGACCAGGACUUCGCGACGUGGCUGCAAUCGUCGAACCCAGAGACUCAAGUGCCCAAACUCUGGGAGGAGGAGAAGCCCCUGACCCCAAUUGGAACAGCUGUUCAUCAGCUCCUGAUAAUCCAGGCAUUCAGACCUGACAGAGUAAUAGCUGCGGCAGCGCUCUUCAUCGCAGCAGCCCUUGGGGAGAAGUUCAUGGCAGCUGCUGAAGUAGAACUGGACUUUGCAUCAGUUGUGGAGAAUCAGCUGAAAGCAGCAGUGCCAGCAUUGCUCUGCUCAGUACCCGGAUUCGAUGCUUCAGGAAGAGUUGACGAUCUAGCAGCUGAACUGGGAAAACAAAUAGUCAGCAUUGCCAUUGGCUCUGCUGAGGGCUUUAACCAGGCAGACAGAGCCAUCAACAUGGCUGUCAAGGCUGGCAGAUGGGUGAUGCUGAAGAACGUUCACCUAGCGCCUCAGUGGCUCGUUCAACUAGAGAAGAAGCUCCAUAGUCUCCAGCCCCACGCAGGCUUCAGGCUCUUCCUUACAAUGGAAAUCAACCCCAAGGUACCAGUGAAUCUUCUGAGAGCUGGUAGAAUAUUUGUCUUCGAGCCCCCACCAGGUAUCCGAGCCAAUCUCCUGAGGACAUUCAGCACAGUUCCAGCAUCAAGAAUGAUGAAACCACCCAACGAGAGGGCCAGACUGUAUUUCCUCCUGGCCUGGUUCCACGCUAUCGUUCAGGAACGUCUGAGAUACUCACCUCUAGGAUGGGCCAAGUAUUAUGAGUUCAAUGAGAGCGAUCUUCGAGUGGCCUGUGAUACCCUGGACACCUGGAUCGAGACGACAGCAAUGGGGAGAACAAAUCUACCCCCUGAGAAGGUCCCUUGGGAUGCCCUGGUGACACUUCUCUCUCAGUGCAUCUACGGUGGUAAAAUCGACAAUGAUUUUGAUCAACGACUGCUCGCCUCUUUCCUGAGAAAGCUCUUCACCCCGAGAUCGUUUGAAUCUGACUUUGCACUCGUCGCAAACUUCGAUGGGGGCUCCCAGGGGAACCAGAGACACAUCACAAUGCCCGAUGGUACCAGGAGGGACCAUUUCCUUAAGUGGAUAGAGUCCUUGUCAGACAGACAGACCCCCUCUUGGCUGGGACUUCCCAACAAUGCUGAGAAAGUCCUCCUGACGACACGUGGAACAGACCUGGUAUCGAAGCUCCUGAAGAUGCAGCAGCUGGAAGACGAGGAUGAACUCGCAUACUCCCACGACGAGUCCCUGGACACGCCCAGAGAAGCUGAAGGGGAUGGAAGGCCAUCCUGGAUGAGAGUUCUACAUAACUCUGCCUCCACCUGGCUCCAGCUCCUCCCCAAGAACCUCCAGACUCUGAAGAGAACUGUCGAGAACAUCAAGGAUCCUCUCUAUAGGUAUUUUGAGCGCGAGGUGAACAGUGGAGCCAAACUCCUUCAGGACGUCAUCCACGAUCUCGAGGACGUCGUGCUGAUUUGCCAGGGAGAAAAAAAGCAGACGAACUACCACAGGACAAUGCUCUCUGAACUGGUCAAGGGGAUUCUGCCAGCUGGCUGGAGGAGGUACACAGUGCCACGAGGUUGUACUGUCAUCCAAUGGAUCACCGAUUUCAGUCAUAGGGUGUCACAACUCCAAGAAGUCUCGCGUCUGGUCUCCCAAGGAGGUGCCAAGGAGAUCAAGAGUUUCCCUGUCUGGCUGGGAGGUUUGCUGAAUCCUGAGGCCUACAUCACUGCCACCAGACAGUGUAUCGCUCAGGCCAACAGCUGGUCUCUGGAAGAAUUGCAACUGGUGGUAACCAUUGGUGACAGCGACAACAUCGCCACGGACGACUGCUCAUUUGCUGUCACUGGGCUGAAGCUGCAGGGGGCACUUUGCAAGGACAAUCAGCUGUACCUCACCUCCACCAUCAUGACUGAUCUGCCUGUCACUAUGCUCAGGUGGGUGAGGUCCUCUGGAGAUGAGGUCAGAAAGGGAAAAUUGUCGUUGCCUGUUUAUCUGAACAGCACCAGGACUGAACUAUUGUUUACUGUGGAUCUUAAUACUGCUGCCAACCAGGAACCUCACAGUUUCUAUGAGAGAGGUGUUGCUGUACUCACUUCAACUGCUCUUAAUUAAUUGGGAAAUGCAAUAGGCGGUUUAGAAGGAGUAAUAGUCUCUCAGUGUUUUUUUUCUGAAAGCCUGAUCGAUGAAGCUGUUUCUUUCUCACUUUUUAAAAUAAUUUUUAGUCAUUUUUCGAAAGCUACUCGCAUGGAAGGUCUUUGAGAAUUUUCAAGGCAAUAUAUAGUCAUUGAAUAAUGAUUGAAUCUUACGUAGAAUGCAGCUUUUGCCUCCAGUUAUAUGUACUACUGGACAAGUUCCAGUUUUUAGAAAUAAGUGCAGUUAUUGUUGCUAAUAAAUUAAAAAUUUGCUUUGGAAUUAAUCUUUUAUCGUUUUUAUUUCAUGAUUAUUUUUCUAUUCAUUUCUAAGGAAAAUGCAAUUUUUUGUUUGAAUGCAAAAUAUAUAAAACUAUAUAAAAAAAAUUAAUAGCAAUAAUCUCGAGGUAUGAAUAAACAAAUAUUUCAUUACACAUUCAUGAAAAAAUUCCACAGAAAAUUUUCAAAAGACAAAUAAAAAUAAAUAUCCUUGAACUGAAAUCGAUA